AUGAAGAGGCCGAGACAACGACAAAGGAAUAAUGUGCGCUGUGACUCAUUCUUCCUUUCCUUGCGAAGGCAGUGCACUGCGUGUGGGAGUAUUGUCUUGAAGCGCGGCGCCGCCAACUGCAACGGCACCCUGAGAAGCUGUGGGUUCCACCGCCACGACGACGGAAGGAGGCGGAGGCGUCUGCGGCUGCCCUCGCAGGCUGCGUCCCGUGCGGCCCAGUCGCGUGGCAAACAGUUCCCUCUCGGAAUUCACGUGCACCGCGCCACGUGCUGGGCGCAGCGUAUAUUUACGUCGCGGGGGAGAAUGCGGUGGCGUCAAUUCUCCUUUUCACGGGGAGCAGGCGGCGGAUGGUCUGCCUCUUUGCACCUCAGCGAAUUGCGACACAAAAUGCCACCGCGACGAGGCAGUCAAUUUCACUGUGAGUGGGUGAUAUUUGCGUGUGACUACGCACACACAGAGCUGUGGGGAUCCGAAUGCCAAGUGCAAUACGAGAAGAAGAUAGAAGCCUCGUCGCAGUUGUUGUGUGUGUCGUGCAAUUUGCACGGUUUGCCUAGGGAGAUCUAA